AUCACUUCUAAUCAAAACCAAAACAAAAAUAUUUGAGGUUACUACAUGCGCUGGGUAUACACAAUACAGCUGUAGAAUUAAAUACGAGAAUUUGUUGCUCCUUUAAAUAAAAAAAUGGACGCUGAGGAACUAGCUCUGCCUGCGGAUACACUAAAGAUACUACAGGAAUUUUUAGAAGAAAAAGCGAAAAGGGAACGUGAGGAGUUGGAACGGAUAGAUAAAAAAUCGGAUGCAGAUAUUAUGUUUGAAGAAGAUUGGCAAUUGAGUCAGUUUUGGUAUAGUGAAUCCACAAAGCAAGCGCUAGGUAAAUUGGUAAGCAAACUGCUGGCUGAACAACAAAAUGAGUUACAUGUGACAAAUUAUCGCAUCGCUCUACUUUCCUGCCCAUCGCUCUAUAGCACAAUUAAACAAGUGCACAACAAUGUAAAAAUCUUCGAGUUCGACAAACGUUUUGCUGCUUAUGGGGACGACUUCGUAUUUUAUAACUUCAACAACGCAGAUGACAGUGGAUAUUUCCAGGAAUACAAAGAAUCAUUCGACCUUAUUAUAGCCGAUCCACCAUUCUUAUCCGAAGAAUGUAUGACUAAGAUGUCUAAAAUUAUAACGAAUUUACAAAAGUCAACUACAAAAGUAGUUUUUUGUUCCGGAGCCGUGGUAGAACCAUGGCUCACCAAGUGCCUACAAUUAAAGAAAUGCAGCUUUGAACCAACUCACGAGCGUAAUUUGGGCAAUGAGUUUGUUUCCUACGCGAAUUUUGAUCUUGACAACUACUUAAGUUGAUAAUAGGCUUAGUUACAUUAAAAAAUAA